CUGACCUAUGUUGCGCGCGCACCCCCUGGCGGCCGGUCUCAAGCCGGAAGUGUUUCUAAAGGAAACGUGUUUUAUCGGAGACGCUUUCUAACGUGUUUUAACGUGAUCCAACAGAGACGUGAGCUCACGGAGACGCUGUGCACGUGUCGGACGGUGAAUAUUGUGAUCUUUACCACUCCAGCUGACGGUGUUGACUGACAGUGACGUCAUUGUGUGCGCGAGCUGGCGAUCACACUGAUGUGUCGAUGGAGAUGUGUGCAGCAUCUCCGCUGGUCCAGGCCAGUGACCCGGGUGCUGGUUCUCUGUGUGAUGACGUUCGGCGUGCUCCUGCCCCUGUGCUGCCAUCGCUGUCUGUACUCCUACUACUUCCUGAAGUCCUGGUACCUGGAGGAGAGGAGUGCUGAGGCCUUAAGGCAGAGCUACGAGAACGGGCAGGAUGCCCUCACAUACUGGCAGGACAUGGUGGUGGGCAGAGCUGUGCAGGGAGACGUCUCUGAGCGACCGGAGCUUCUGGUGACAGUAGUGACUGCACGCAGGAGCGAUGGACUACAGUAUCACUACCUGCUGCAGGUGAUGCGGCGGUUGGACGUCCUCCUGCAGGGGUGCACUGACACCACGUGUGCGGCCGUGCUGGUGUGUGACGUAGAAAGCGGUCCCCUGGAGAAUGAGGAUGCCACGCUGGUGGAGAAGCGGUUCCGUGUGGUGAGGCAGGGGAAGGGUUUGAACCAGGAUGUGAACGUGUUUGAGAAGGAGAAGAGAGAUUACGUGUUCUGUCUGCGCCAGAGCAUGCGGAUAGUGAAGCCAAGGAAUGUGGUGGUGCUGGAGGACGACGCUCUGCCCAGCACCGACUUCUUCUUUAUCAUCCAUGAUUUACUCAGCCGCAGGUUCAUUUCACACUCGCUGUACGUUAAACUAUAUCAUCCUGAACGGCUGCAGCGCUACUGGAACCCGGAGCCAUACCGGAUCUUGGAGUGGGUGGGGCUCGGAGUGUUUGGGGCAUCGAUGGUUCUUUUAUUCCUGGCCUUCUACACUCGAUUUUCUCUGCCCUUCUCUGUGCCUCUCUUCUUCUUCCUGGUGGCCUACAUCAUGGCGGUGGUGGAGCUUAUAGGGCGACACUACCUGUUGGAGCUGAGGCGUGUCUCCCCUCAGCUGUACGCCGUGUCUCCAGCGACCGAGUGCUGCACGCCUGCCAUGCUGUUCCCGGCGAACAAGUCUUCACAUGUCGCUGACCUGCUGGAUGCUGCCACGUGCAUGAGAGGAAACGCCAAGGACAUGGUGCUGUAUCUGCAUGCAGGCUCCGCCCACAGCCUCGAACCCAAUGCCAUAAGGCACAUCGGGGCAUUUUCCUCCGUCAGAGGAAAUCCACUGCACCCACAACUACUCUGAUCCAUGUAUCCACCCCUGCUGGUCUAGGAGUCUCAAUCAGUCUGAUUCUAAAUCAGAUUCAAUCUGAAUCAGAAAUGAGAGAAUCAGUCGAUAGAAAUCUGAAUAAAGCAAUAGAACUAAAGUCACAAAUCAAAUCCU